AUGGAGAUGGCGGAGGAAGGCUAUGCCCGCCGGCUGCGCCACCUGCUCGUGGCGCCUGUUCUGCGGGUGGUUUUACCGCUGUCUUUUCUCGGCCUGAUAAUCUUCUGCGUCCUAUGCUGCUGGCUCCCGGCACAGCAGCAGAUGCUCCAGCCACCUGAGUGCGACGUAGCUGAGCUCCAGCGACUGCGGCAGGACCCCAGGCUGCACUGGCAGGGGGGCCCAGCACUGGGCCGCUCCUUCCUGCACGGACCACAGCUGGACAACGGGCAGCUGCGUGUCCAGCGCGAUGGCAUCUAUAGGCUGCACAUCCAGGUGACACUAACCAACUGCUCCUCCUCGGUGAAGAGCCUUGUGUCCCGCAGGGCCGUCCUGGCGGUGGGCAUCUGCUCCCCAGCGGCGCGCAGCGUCAGCCUGCUUCGUCUCAACUUCCACCUAAGCUGCACUGUCUCCUCCCAGCGCCUGACGUACCUGGCCCACGGGGACACCCUCUGCACCAACCUUACUCUGCCUCUGCUGCCAUCCCAAAAUUCUGAUGAGACUUUUUUUGGGGUUCAGUGGGUGCACCACUGA